AUCCAGCAUCAAUUCAUCCGUACGACAACCCUCAGAAAUAAGAAAAUGUUUAUAUUUUAUCCGAAGCAGAAAUGGAGAAGGACAGGCCCAAAGGAUUAAAUGCGAAAUACUCCUCAUGAUCAGAAAGUUUCUGCAGCUCUUGCUUCAAUCGACUGUCUUCAUUUCGCACGAGGGCCGCGGUGUUAGAUUCCCUUCCCAUCCUCUCCCAUCAGUGUGUAAGUGGAGAAGAUCAGGAUGAUGUCAAGAUCAAUGCUGCUUGUAUUUUUGUUAAUGAUACUCAUAAUCACGUCUCAGUUUGAAUGGAAACAACAACUAGCGAGUGAUGUUGAACCAAGUCCCAGCUUAUCACAGAAGCAGAAGCAAAUCUCUCAGAGAGAAGAAGCUGUAAAAGAGAAGAUUAUUUUGUCACAGGAAAAGAACAUACAGAGACUGAGCGAAGUUGUGCGAAGUCUGAGAGAACGACUGGAGCAAUGCAGCAGGGGUAACAAUGAAACGGUGAAUGGUGGGGCCCUUAACUCCCUGGCGGAGAACAUCAUCGAACUUGAACAACAACAAAUUCUGAUGGACUAAGCUCCUGGUGACAUGUUGUAGUUAGACAUCCUCAAUUGUAUGUGCUAUUUAUGUUUUGAAAUUGUUUAUCUGCUGUAGUAUUUCUCUGGAGGGUUCGGCAGUUUGACAUCCUCAAAUGGUACUUUCGGGGAAAUCUGGCUAGCGCAUCGUCAUGAUUUUUCCGUCUAUCUCCAAGAUUUGCAAAUAUAGGUCGGCCAGCUUAAAACUGAAUUCGAUAUACACAUAAUUUGACUACCAAGUGAAACUGUGGAAGUGUUCUUGUAUAGUGCAUGACCGCAACACCAAAUAUUGGAAUGCUUUGUGGAUAGCUUGAUGUUGGAUGCAUAUUUUCUAUCACUUUAGAAGAUGGUCUUUGUUUUCUUUAUUAGGACGAUGAUGUAUGCAACUGAUUACGGCAUUUCGAAGCCCCAACCUACAUAAUCACAUUGAUUCUGAAUUUGUUUGGUUUCUAGCACUUGAUUCUUUUCUCACAUGGAUUUUGUUCCAUA